CUCCCUUAACGCGGUUUCGCGCAACUUCAGUCUCUCUCCACUAAAAUCAAAAACCUCCACACUCUCUCUCUCUCAACCCAAAUCCGCCGCACACACACACACAUUCACCGUAACCGACACCACCAAUGUCUUCUCCACCGACUCUCCCCAUCACCAACCAACAAGCCAAUCAACCCCCGCAACCACCAAUCAACACCCACGCCUUCCGCACAUUCCUCUCCCGCCUCUCCUCCUCCCUCCGCGACUCCCUCUCCCAACGCCGCCCCUGGCUCGAACUCGUAGAUCGAACCUCCUUCGCCAGACCCGACUCUCUAACCGACUCCAUCUCCCGGAUCCGCAAGAAUCUCGCCUACUUCAAGGUUAACUACGCCGCGAUCGUCUCCCUCGUCCUCGCCUUCUCGCUCCUCUCGCAUCCCUUCUCGCUCCUCGUCCUCCUCUCCCUCCUCGGCGCGUGGAUGUUUCUGUAUCUGUUCAGAUCUUCGGAUCAGCCGCUGGUGGUGUUCGGGCGCGGGUUCUCGGAUCGGGAGACGUUGCUGGGGCUCGUGGUGGCGACGGUUGUGGUUGUGUUUAUGACGAGUGUUGGAUCUUUGUUGACUUCGGCGUUGACUGUGGGUGUUGCGGUUGUUUGUUUGCACGGUGCGUUUAGGGUUCCUGAUGAUUUGUUUUUGGAUGAGCAGGAGCCUGCUAAUGCGGGACUGCUCUCUUUUAUUGGUAACUCAUCCGCUGCUGCUGCUGCUAGUUCUGCUGCUGCUUCCGUUGUCGCGGGACGUGUUUGAGAAUUGGUGAAUUCAUUUUGAGUAUAGAUUCGGUAUAUCAAAGCUGUGGAAGAUUUUAAGAUCUAAAAGAUGUGUUUGUUCAGUUUGUAUUCUUGAGUUUGGUUACAGUUCCGAAACUUGGAGCUGAUGUGAGAUUACGUUUACUUUUAAAUCAGGUUUAUAUACUCUUUUGAAUUUAGGAGGUUUUUGACUGAUGGAGUUAGAUCUUAGUGAUAAUAUAUUAGAUUUGAUGAUUUAGUGAGAGAAUGUGAGCUUGUAGAUUCGAUAAUUGCUUGCUGCAUAACAUUGUGUGUACUCGUACACAUUGUUAGGUGAUCGAUUGUGUGUAGAUUGUCUAUUACUCUUAUCAUCGUCUGUGUCCUGGUGUAAAUUUCACCCUCCUUAGAGUGUGGGCUGAGACUGUUGGUAGUAGCCACUCUGCACUGAAUCUGAAUCUCAUAAUAGUAUAUGGAAUUAGAAAUCUCAAACUCACACACUCCUUAGAAUGUCAUGCUCUAAAUAUGUUG